CAAGGUGAUAUCUUGAUUUUUGUGCCCCCCCCCGGCCACGCACCAGCCUGUGCUCCCUUCUUCAACCACUCGUUUCCAUCUCACCUUACCCUCCCACCAUUUCUCAUUCCACAUCCUACUCAUCAUCGUCACAGCAUCACCAUCGCCACCAUCAUCACAUCCCCCUCCUUUUUACGCCUUCUGCUUUCCUUGGUUUUACUAGUGAGUCGGAGAUAAAUAGAGGUCAACCACUCAGAAUUUAUCUCAAUAGCCUCCUAUUCGCUGGGCCCGCUCCCCUGUACUUACCGCUCCUUCUGCUGUGCACUCUGAGAGUUCCAGGAGGCCGUCCCCUAACCGGCUUCGAUCCCUGGGUAUGGAAGGGGUGGGAGAUAUGGCAUUGAAUCAUGCGUGGAGAGGGGUCGCCGGCCGGGAAUGGUUUGAUUCGACAAAGACCCGACGGAGGGUCCACCAUAGGACAUAUCCCAAAGCAUUUUUUUCCUUGCUCACUUUUAGCCCCUAGCUCUAUGUAUUGUCCCUGGUGCACAGGACGAGCACCCACUAAACAGCCCUCCCUCCGCUGUUUUCCUGGCCAAUGCACUUACCGAAUCACGAUACAAUCCAGAGGAUAAGGGGGACAAACCACCAGCUAGCUUUGACAUUGAUGGGGACACUUUCGAUCUGUUUGGGCCCUAUCUACCCCCGAUGGAUAGUCCCCCUCCAGGUGUCCAUAUCGAUGUGACUGGUUAUAAUGCUAACGGGGCUGAAGAGUUUUCCUGGGGCUUUCUUUUCCUGUUGACGUGUCCCGUGUGCUAACGAUAAGGCAGGGGCAGCCAGACGGUAUCCCAGACGGAUGGCACCAAGAAUCGUUUUCUUCAGUUCGAUACGAUAGGAUUCUGGCUCAAAACCGUGGGAUGUAUUGAAGAAAGCGGUAACAUGAAGGGGGGUUCGGCGAGGGUGGCGACGAUUGGGAAUUCUUUGUGGAUGAUUUGUGGUUGAGGCACGUUGGUAUAGGUACAGGUGAUUGGGGGAUUUACUGACAAGGGAUGGGUAACAAAACAGCGCCCCAGAUUUCUAAUAAUGAGGAAGAGCUUUCAGCGGAGAAGUCGGCGACUUGUCAGACGGCUGAUGCCCCUGCGAGACCCCCUAUGAAAUUUUGGGACAACCUGCGGGAAUAAAAUAUUCUAUUGUUUAGGUGACGGUUUGUGGUAGGAUCGAUAUAUGCUAAGCCUACGAUAUCUCAUCACACCCAGCCCGCGUCGAAUUGAAAAGCCUAUUAUCAUGGCCCGUCACUCGCUCUUAGUCACUAGCUCUUCGGAAGAAAAAAAAAAACAAGAGAAGCUAUGUGAUAUGAGUUUGGCUGCCGGGUAAUACCCGUAUAUGGAAAGCAGGCUGAAUCGGGAAACGAAUUUGUGCCCACCUCCCCGUGGGCUGUUUGUCGCUGGACAAUGAGCUAGAUACUGGUAUUAUCAUCGACUAGGAUGUCGUUGAGUUAUUGGUGUGUUGCGGGGGCAUCCGGAAAUUUUUAGGUCUAAAAAACGCCAAGAUUUCUGGGAUACUUUUGGAACGCGCCGGUAUACGGAUUGUAUCGGGACUUUUGCAUAGCAUGAUGAAACCGGGCCCGAGGGGACUUGGAAAUAUUGACCAGGGUCGCGCUAGCCAUCCGGCAGGAUAUCAGUUGGGGGUUACUGGUUCUGGAGAUGAAUGCCAAUCAUCUGCGCUUUAUUUAUUUAUGGCUCGAGUGGGUACGUGGUUAUACAUAUCAACUGCAGGAAAGAUUUCGGGGCCGAGGUGAAGUGGGCGCAGAAGCGAGUGAGGCAGGGCCUCGCUUCAGAUGGGUAGGGAUAAGGUAUGGGUAGUCGGAGGGGGCCGAGUCACGGGCGGUUUGGUAUAUCCGUAUUAUAUUGAGCAUGAUAAUAUGGAUAGUAGACUAUAAUAUUGUGCAACAGCUCCGCGCCCCUCGGGACUGGUAUCUGAGGGGUUGGAAGGCAGAAAAAAGAAGGAGGAUUUGGAUUUGGACGAUGGAAUGAAGCUUGAGCGCUGACUCUUUCCCUCUUCUGGUGGAGGAAAAUUCUGUUGCUUGGCUGCGAAGGCCGGGGGAGGGGGGUCUUGUUGAUCCCUGUGCAUGCCAAUGCAAUCCUGCUGCGGUGAUCUACCGUAUUGACUGACUGAUUUUCAGUUGAUUGAUUGAAUUGAUUGAGUGUCGUUGUUUCCUCGCCAUCUAGUUACCAUAGCGCGAACACUCGCAAAGGCCGCGAGCUGAGAUGCGCGUUAACUUAUAACUUGGACCACUUCUCAAACGGUCGCGCAUGUCCUCUAGAAUUGAGCAAGUUCUCUAGAAUUGAGCAAGUCCGGACCGUAAGGUAUUACUCUAGCAGGGCGAGACAUCAAUAGCCUACAUACAUACGCACAUACACCUAGUCUAGUCAAGUAAAAUUUCGGGCAAUUAACCGGACUGGAGAUUAGAUAUAUGCUAUUAAAUGCAUGUGGUUUGAGUGUGAGUUCGAGAUGAUUAUGUACGCUUUGUCUGGUUGCGAGUGGGUGAGUGGUCGGGUUUCAAUUUUGAUUUUGAUUUUAUCUCGAUUUUGGGGAGGGAAGGCGACAUAACAUAAAUUUAGUCACGGUCUACCGGUAGCCGGUCGGUCCGGUCGUGGUGGGUGGUAUAGUUCAAGCAGAAGGUUUUAUAAUACAAUAAUGGGUAUCAUAUUAAAGCGUGUAGUGCAUGGUACAUACUCCCGCGGCGGAGUUGAGGUUGGAGACCUUAGGUGGCAAUUCCCAUAGAAAGUGUCCAACAUCAACUCGGCCGCGGGAGUACAUCCCCGAGUACAGUAGGUAGACUAGCUAUUAUAUCUAACUUUGACGCAUCAUACUGUACCGGGAUGAUAUGCGGUAUUAUGUACUCGCACAGUGCGGUAGAGACAAACUUCGCAACCACGGAAAA